AUGGGGCCACUUGGAGAUGACGAGCUUCUCUGCAUAUUUAACAACAUUUCUGAUUGGGGAGACAAAAGAUCAUUCGCCGAAGUUUCCAAGCAAUUCAUGAAAGUUGCAUUCCAUUCCAUAUUUUGGUUAAGCAGUUCUUUUCCUAGUCUGUUAUUUGAUAUCCUACCGUCAUCCCCCAACGUAACAUACUUUGAUUGUAAUAAACCACUUUCUAACACACACCUCAAACUCCUAGCACAGUCAUGCCCCAAGCUCGAAACACUCAGCUUAGGGAAGUAUCAUGAUCUUCCUUCUGAGCCAGGUGAGUUUGACUUUGAUUUUGAUGGUGAUGGUUUGUGUGCAGUGGCGAAUGCCUGCAGUCAUUUGGGUGGUGUGUAUUUACAUGGGAGGUUACGUGUUGGGGAUACAGGAAUUGUGUCCCUUGUAACAUCAUGUAAGAAUUUGACAUGGUUGGAUCUGGAAGGAUGCAUUCGUGUAACAGAUGAAUCACUCAAAGCUAUUGGUGAAUCGCGUAUUUGUAAUUUGAAUUUGGGGGGAUGUUCUUUGGUUACUGAUUUGGGUUUGGAGUAUUUGGCAAAUGGAGAUCUGAAAAACUAUUUGAGUGAGCUGAAUUUGACUGGAUGUGAUAAGAUUAGUGAUCAUGGUAUCAUCUACUUGAGUAAAAUGGUUGGUCUAAUUAAGCUGAACAUAUCUUGGUUGUUAAACAUAACUGAUAUUUCAUUGCUUGCUAUAGGUAGCAAGUGUUUAAAACUGCAAACCAUUUAUUUGACAGGUUGCGAAGCCAUAACUUCUGAAGGUUUACGGGCUUUUAAUGGUCAUCAAACACUGAAAACACUUUUGUUGUUCUCGUGUUACAAUUUUUGUUGGGAAGAUGUGGAAUCGGUUGCCCUGACUUGCUCAAGAUUGGAGUAUCUUGGGCUCAUGAAGAGAAUAAAGACGCCCACACCAGAGUCAAAUGAAGAUUUCUUACAAAUUGGGCACCAUACAUGUUUGAUAGAGUGGGAUGAAGGUGAGGGUGCGUGUUUUUGUUAA